CAGACAGGGAUAGUCCCGGCUACCCAGCAUCUUCCCGGUACGGAGAAAGAGAAAGAAAAAAUUCGCUCAAGCCAGCGGGCCCCAGCGCCUUUCCACCAGAGCAGCGCUGCUGUGGAGCUGCCCCCUGCGCAGGCUCUCGUCUGCGGCCGGUCCCAAAUACCUCCUCUUUCUCCUCCGGGAAUUUCUGCUCCCUGGGAUCAUCCCGAGGAAUUCACCUUUUCCCCAGGCUCCACCGGCCAAACGGGGCGCCCCAACAAAUUCCGAUUUCCACUCGCUCUCUUUUAUUGGUAGUUGAGCCUGAGCUUGUUUUCGCUCUAUCGGGAAUUCUGGUGUAUGGAAAUGUCUGUAAAACCGCAAGAUCAGGUUUAGGAGAGUAUUGUCUGCAGACAAAGGGUGAAGGAUAUAUUCUAAGAACUGCAAGCGCAGAUCCUGAAAAGUGAGGAGUCCAGGUUUAUGAUAAAUUGAUGCACAGGUCCGUGCCCACGGAUUAUCCCAAGGAACCUGAAGAUCCUACCCACACAGUUAAAGUCAAAAAUCAAGAAAAAACAUAAGUGUGGUGGAUACGAGUGGCCCGGGCCGACGACGUGAGGCGCGGGACGGCAGUCAAUGUUAUUUGAGCGGGGGCCGCGGGCCUCGGCGAUCGCAGAGCGGAGAAUGCAGAAAGCCGCUUACUACGACAACGCGGGGCUCUUCGGGGGCUACAGCUAUAGCAAGGCCGACGCCUACCCCUACGGCGCGACCCACCAGUCCUACGGCCAGGCUGGCCUGGACGGCGAGUACCCCGGCUCCGCCUGCUCCGUCCAGGGCUCGGGUCCCGGUCGUGCCCCUGCCCACAAGGGCAGCGAGCUGAGCGGCAGCUGCAUGCGGACGGCGGGGGGUGGCCCAGGGGGCAGCCAGCCCUCGGGCAUCGGCGAACAGCAGCCCCCGGCGCUGCCGCCCUCCUCCCCGCCCAACCCCCCUCCCAGCGCGCCCCCUCCGAAAAAAAACAAGGGAGGCCCCAACUCCUCGAGCUCGACCACCGCCACCCUCAGCAAGCAGAUAUUCCCCUGGAUGAAGGAGUCCCGGCAGAACUCCAAGCAGAAAAGCACCUGCGCCCCUUCAGGAGAAAGCUGCGAGGACAAGAGCCCCCCCGGGCCGGCCUCCAAGCGGGUGCGCACAGCCUACACCAGCGCGCAGCUGGUGGAGCUGGAGAAGGAGUUUCACUUCAACCGCUAUCUGUGCCGGCCGCGCAGGGUGGAGAUGGCCAACCUUCUCAACCUGACAGAGCGGCAGAUAAAGAUCUGGUUCCAGAACCGCCGGAUGAAGUACAAAAAGGACCAGAAAGCCAAAGGCAUCAUGCACUCUCCCGUCGGACAGUCCCCGGACCGCAGCCCCCCCCUGAGCGGCCCAAACCACGUCGGUUACUCCAGCCAGAUCCCCAGCGUCAACAGCCUCAGCUAUGACGCGCCCUCGCCCACCUCUUUCGCAAAGUCCCAGCAGAGCAUGUACGGGCUGGCCGCCUACACGGCGCCGCUGAGCAGCUGCCUGCCGCAGCAGAAGCGCUACGCGGGCGCGGAGUACGACCCCCACCCCAUGCAGAGCGGCGGCGGCGGUUUCGCCAAUCCCAGCCUGCAGGGCAGCCCUGUUUACGUGGGGGGCAACUUCGUGGACUCGAUGCCGGCCUCGGGCCCCAUGUUCAACCUGGGGCACCUGCAGCAUCCCUCCUCCGCCAGCGUGGACUACAGCUGCGCUGCCCAGAUCCCCGGUGGCCAUCACCACGGACCUUGCGACCCCCACCCCACCUACACGGACCUCUCCUCCCACCACAGCUCUCAGGGACGGAUGCAGGAGGCACCCAAGCUCACGCAUCUGUAGCGGGGCGGCGGGGCCCGCUCCCCUCUCCAUUACCUCACUUUUCUGACGGGACAGUGUUACUUUGCUCUCGAGUGCCAACAGUGUUAGUGGAUUUGUCUCCCCUAGCAGCUCCCUUCUUCCUUCCGCAGCCCCGGGUAGGUCCGCGAGCAGGAGCCUUUCUCUUAGAGCUGUGUUUAAGCAUGACAGUGCAAUAUACUGCAAACCGAGGGACUGGUAAGCUGGUAAUGAUGUACUUGAAGGUAAGUCUUAGAGAUGCCGUAGUGUUAGCAGCGCGUCAUGCUGAGGUGUUUUAGAGCAGGGGUGAGCGGUGGGAACUCGCCCGCGCGUAAACUUAUUCCAGAGAAGUUAAUUUAUGAAUUCUUCCGUAACGUAAGGAUUGCAUUGGACUAAACGAUAUGUAUUUAUUAUUUUAAGCGAGACAUUUUUGUAUCACUGAUUAUUUAUCCUCGUCUUAAUGUAUUUAUGUGGGUAUUUGUAGAGUUCCUUCACCAAUACUUCGGGAGAGCGAUUCAGGUCCGUGGUGACUGACAUUUCACCUAUUUAGUAUAUUCGGUCUGAGCUAGUUGAGAGAGUAGUCUUGAACAGUUGUAACAGUGGCUGGUGUUCGUAGUUUAUGUAAGGAUUAAUUAAGACAGCAAGUCGUAAGUCAUGAAUAGAGUAAAACAAACUGUGGCAUCACACAAAAGAGCCGUUACACUUUAAAAAAAAUAAUAGUAUCGGAGUUAUUUUAAAAGUAUUUAUUUAUGGCCGGCCCCCAGCGCCAGGGUGGCUUGGGGGCAGCUGGCUUGGCCGGGUGAAGCCACCCUUGGCUGGAAGCACAGCCGCUUGGAGGAGGCGAUCUACGAAGCAGGGCUCUUGGCCAUCUUGUUUCAGAUCAAAUCCUGCGUACAAAAGCCUCGAUGAGGUUAACGUUUAUUUAUUGACUGGGUAUCUAUCACACAUAUUAUUAUUUGGGUGGGCUAUUUUAUUUUCUUUCUUAUUUUUUAUUGUUUUAAAUUACACUCUGGCUAUCUGAAAUAGGAAAGAAAUUAGAAGCUUAGAACGCAAAAAAAUUAGAAACCCUCUGAUAGUGCUAAUUUCAUUAGGGUCUCCAUAGCAAUCUGCGCAGCAGCUGCCGCCUCCUUUGUUAUUUAUACUGUUGUCUUUAUACUAUCCAUAAAUCAAUUUUUUGGACAUCUUUGGAAGCCUGAGCUUUUCCUCUUGUUUUUCAUAAAACUAAACUUUGAAAGAAAAUUGACAAUCAGGUAGACGCAGCCGAAGGGCAGCCGCAGAGGCGGGGUGCGGGCAGGGGCGCCCGGCGAGGAUGGUCCCGUCCCCCCGGACCGCGGCUGCGGGGCAUCGCCGCCUCCUUCCGUCACCAAUGGGACCGCUAACACGGGGAGGAAUAAAGAAAAAUUAAAAAAAAAAAGGAAAAAAACCCCAAAGAACCACAAAACGAUGCUCUGAACCCUCGUGUUUCCUCCUCUUUAGUUACACGGCUGUAUUGAAUCCCUCGCUGAAUAUACAGAUACUUCUUUUGUAAACGUUGUCAUUAAAGUCUCUUCCUGACGGUACACGUCGCUCCGAGAAGACUGUUCUUACCUCUUUCUAAAAGUGUCGAGAUAAAGAUAAAUCCGAACUUCCGUAUUCCCCACGAACCCAUCUGACAUGCCACUUGCUAGUCUGACAAACACUGCAGCUCCUACUCCAUCCUCUAAUGAAAGGACCUGGUAUUCCUAUUGUGGGAAAUAUUUUAACCCCUCUAAUUCUAGUCAACACAGACAAAUUUUAUCUCUUUUUUCUUUCCUUCCUUCCUUCCUUCCUUCCUUCCUUCCUUCCUUCCUUCCUUCCUUCCU